CCAUGUUCUGAGCUGCCUUGAGAAAACCAAUGCUUCGCGCGUUGGUGACGUGUGGAGGAGGAGAGAGCUUGAGAGCUAGUUUAAAAAGUUAUCUUGGCACCGUCCAUCUUCCGUCCCGUACUGCAUCGCAUUGGGGCACCACUCCCAAUCACCCUCCGCCCCGUCUCUUCAGAGUGUGUUCGAUCCAUCGGUCCUCCAGUUCCACCACCGCCAUGUCCCUGACGCGGACAUUUGCGCAGUCACUUGCACCCGGUCAUGCGUGCGCCGCUCGCCAUUUUUCGACAGCGCCGAAGUUACAGGCGGGAAGCGCUGAUGGCAUCCUCAAGACUCUCGCUGGAGCCAGCAACAACAAUCAACCCAGGACAUUUCGACAGAGCAAUACUGGCCAAGUGAAGAGAUUGGAACGCUCGGCGAAUGCAAGUCUUCAAUCUGAAGAGGAGCUCGCUGCAGCCGCCCAACGUACCGCAUACCAAAAACACAUGUACCGCAAAUGGCAACCCGGCGACGUGUACGCUCCUCACGACCUUUCUGGCGCUGAGCAAAACAAGUGGAGGCUUGGUCGCAGUGCUCCUAAGACUGAUGCUUUUGAGGUCUUGGGUAUCAACCCCAUCAAUGAAUACAAGAACUUCACCAUACUAUCCGAAUACAUGACCGAGACGGGCCGUGUCAAGCACUCUAAGCUUACGGGGUUGCGCCCCAAGAGCCAGCGCAAGAUUGCAAAAGCGAUACGGAGGGCAGUCGGCCUUGGUCUUAUGCCCAGUGUCCAUAGACACCCGUUGGUGCUGAAGAACACCACUCCUGCCCGAUUCUUCUAG